AUGAGCCCUCGUCAUUUCAUCCUUGUCAGCCUUCUACUUGGCCUAGUGUCUGCCGAUUUCUCGACCAGCUUCAAAAACUUCAUAAUUGCUAAUUAUGGACAAGAAAUGUAUGAUAAUCUGGCAAGAAAUGAUUUGGGAUCAGUUGGAAGUUAUGGAGGAGGAAGUCACGAUGGAAACAGUCCAACCAGCAAGAGAGCAGUCAUCCUUGUUCAUGGAACAACCAACAACGCUGGAACAUUUUCUUUCCAACGGAAUACACUUUUGAAUAAUGGAUGGAGUGAUGAAACUGUCUACGGAACAACGUAUGGAAGUGGUAGUGCCGAAAUAACACCUGCUCCAGAUGUGGCCAUGGAAUGUGAAUUUGUUCAGCAGGUCAGGAACAUGAUUACUGUAGUGGCGAAUUUCACAAAACAAAAAGUUGACGUGAUUGGAUAUUCGUUGGGUUCUCCGAUUGCAAGAAAGGCGAUUCUCGGUGGAGAAUGUGCAGAUAAUUCUACAGUAAACCUCGGAAGCCCAUUGACUAGUUCAGUUGAAACUUAUGUUUCAGUAGCCGGAGCAAACCGUGCAUCUUAUCUCUGUGUUCUCCCUGUCACCAAUGCCUGUUCUACCACAAAUGGACUAUUCUGUUUGUCUUCUUUCCUCACAAAUAUCAAUGCACAACAAGGUUACGAAGGAAGUCAUAUUUAUUCCAUCUAUGGCCCUUCUGAUGACAAAGUUGGAUUCUACAACCUUCCAUGUUUGACCAGAAACUCUCGGAUUGUCGGAGCCACUGAAUAUGCUAAUGCAACAGGAAAUCAUGAUGCUAUUCUUUCUGGAACAAUCAAUCUGCAAAUGACAUAUCUCAAUGCUAAUUGA